AUGCUCGUUAAAUCCGAGGCCCUGGAAGUGAAGGAGGAAGCGGACAUGCUGGUGUUGCUCGGCGCAGCCUCCCCCGCGGCGGCGCGGACCCCGCUGCAGUCCAGCGCGGACGAGGACUACGAGGAGCGGGGCGCGCCGGGCGGGGCGCGCCGGCCGCGCGGGGCCGGGCCCGGGGCACGGCUGCUGGGCCUGGGGCACGAGUGCCGGCGGCGCCCCUCCAGGGCGAGAGUCGCUUCCCGCGGCGCCAAGACGGCCGAGACGGCGCAGCGCAUCAAGAAGACCCGCCGACUGAAGGCUAACAACCGCGAGCGCAACCGCAUGCACAACCUGAACGCGGCGCUGGACGCUCUGCGCGAGGUUUUGCCCACCUUCCCCGAGGACGCGAAGCUCACCAAGAUCGAGACCCUGCGCUUCGCGCACAACUACAUCUGGGCGCUCACCGAGACCCUGCGCCUGGCUGACCACUGCGGCGGAGGCCUGCCCGUCCCGCUGCGCCCCGAGGCCGCCCUGCUGAACCCCGGCGGCGCCCUGGGCAGCGCGGGGGAGAGCCCGUCGCCCGCGUCCACGUGGAGCGGCACCGAGAGCCCUGCUCCGCCCUCCUCCGCGCCCUCCACCUCCACCUCCCCUUACAGCUGCGUCUUCUCCCCCUCCAGCCCCGCGGGGUCGGACCGGGACUGCUGGCAGCCGGCUCCGCCGGACAAGCGCCGCCCCGCGCCUCGCCGCCCCGCGGUCCGGGAGUGCGCCUAG